AUGGGUGGUUUUACAAUUGAUAGGUCGAAAACGGUACAUGUGCCUUUUCGCGGUUUUGCGGGCCCGACGAGCGUGGCAGAUAAAUUGCGCGAAUGCGAAAAGGCAGAUGCAGAGAGAGUUAGUGGGAAGAAGAUCAAGACGGUUAGGAAGUCGAGGUUCAGAGAGGAAGGAUUGGACGAUGAGGUGAUUGAGAGGGUGGAUGUUGGGAGUUUGGGAGGGGGACCUGUUGUUAUCGGGAAUGGUUUGAAGUCGAGGAGUACGUGGAGUGGAACUUCGACAGCUAUAACGGCUUCACCAGUUUCGGGACAAAAGAGAGAAAGUGAAGAAUCGCACAAUGCGUCGAGAGGGGCAAAGGCUGGUAAGACUGGGAGACCGAUAAUUGCGACUUCGAAUACACCUCCCAUGGCCUUUUCGACAAUACCGAGAGUUGCGUUACUCGCGUUCCUGAUUGCGGUGGUUGUGCCUGCGUUUGGAUAUACUGGUAGGCAGAAGAACAACAUAAAUGUCAUGAAUGGGAAUGGUGCAGAUGCAGGAGUAUUGAGGGGUUCGGAAUCUGUGGAUAGUGGAAGUAUGAUCGAGGGGAGGGCGAACAGUCCUAUAUCGAUUUGUACGAGAUGGAGUCAUAUGACUGCGAAUGUCGAUGGAACAUUAUACAUAUAUGGAGGAGAAGCCACCACGGAAAGUGGGCAAACUACGGAUACUUGGAAUAACGACUUCCUGAAACUAGACCUCACCAAAACCUGGAAAAUUGCAUCACCAGUUAUAUCAGGCCUAUCACAGCCAUCAGGACCCCCCGCGGUAGCAAUGGGCUCUCUUUGGCAUACAUAUGAUUCGUUAUUUUUAUACGGAGGGGAAUUUUCAGAUAGUCCACAAACUUCCCCUUCUGCAGUAGCGACAUGGAAAUAUGAUAUUGAGUCGGCGACGUGGACGGAAUUCUCAAAUCCACAAACGGCCGGGGGUAAUGGUUCGGAUGUUGCGCCGGCGGAUGUUCAGCGAGCGGCGGAUGGUGCGGGUUUGAGUGUCCCGGAAUUAGGAAGGAGUUGGUAUUUUGGGGGACAUUUGGAUAUGUAUACAACACCUGGAUGGUCGAAUCAAGUUACUAGGGUAUAUUUGAAGAGUCUUCUAGAGUUCACUCAUCCUGGAUAUACGAAUGAUGGAGUCACUUCAUUAGGUACCACGAACGGAGCAGGUACUGGUGGUGUAUACCGAAAUAUCACACAAGGUGGCUUGCAAGAUGAUGCUGGUUUUACGGAAAGAGCUGAUGGUGUUUUGGUAUAUGUUCCUGGUUGGGGUGUUGAUGGGAUACUGCUUGGAUUGGCCGGUGGCACUAAUGUGACAUUUACAGAGAUGAACAUUAUCGAUGUAUAUGAUAUUGCGAGCAGUACUUGGUAUAAGCAGAGCACUUUCGGUGCGACUCCUCCAAUUCGUGUCGACCCUUGCGCUGUGGUUGCCGCUGCACCCGACGGUAGCAGUUUCAACGUUUAUUUGUAUGGAGGACAAAACCUCAUACCAUAUGGUAACCAAACGCAAUAUUCCGAUAUGUGGAUUCUCACAAUUCCAUCCUUCACCUGGAUCCAAGUCGAUAUGUCCGACCAAUCUCAACCCCCGGCUCGAGCAGGCCAUACCUGUAAUCUUUGGGAUGGACAAAUUGUUGUCGUCGGUGGCUAUGUAGGAAAAGAUAUAUCCUGCGAUAGCCCCGGAAUAUACGUUUUCAAUGCAUCGUCCCUUCAAUGGAGUAAUUCUUUCACUGCUCUUUCAUCCUCCUCUCCCACCUCAUCAGACCAGGAUUCCGAAAUAAUUCAAGGGUCUAUUGGUUACACCGUCCCCGAUGUCAUACAAUUCAUUAUUGGCGGUUCAUCUCUCGGCGGUGCGACGGCCAGUACACCUGCGGCUGGCUCUGCUACUGCCGGUCCUUUGGCAACAGGCAAACCUCCCACUUUCACCGUAACACAAUCUCCAUCUACAAUCACCUCGACAUCUAUCUCAACCCCAAUAUCUUCUCCCGAGACAACUAAAAAAGAAACAAAUAAGGCGGCAAUAAUCGCAGGUGUCAUUGCUGUCGCAUUAGCUUUCCUAGCUGGGUAUCUAGCAUUUUGUAGUUGGUUGUAUAGGAGACAGUUAAAGUCAUAUAAGGAUCAUGUGGCAAUGUCUCAAAGAACAGCUUUCGUGCCCGCGAAUAGAAUGUUUAGGGGCUCGGAUGGCUCGAGUCGUGAUGGUAGAUAUGGGGAGAAAAUGUUGGGUCCGUUUGGAACGGAUAUUAGUGGGACGAGUAGGGUGCAAACUCCUAGUGUAAGGUCUGAAGGAGGUGGACUUUCGGGUUCUGGGAGUGAAGGUAGUGGAAAUGGGAAUGGGACUGGGAAUGGAUAUGAGGAUAGAGGCGGGGGGAGUGGAGCACAUGUUUAUGGGGGUGGUGUGAUGCCGGGAGGGGCUUCGUACCAGAGGAUUAGUGAGGAGGAUGAAGGAGUUGGGAGGAAAAAUGAGAGCGAGAGAGCGGGUUGGAAAGGUCAUGGGAGAGGUGCAGGGAGUGUCGGGAGUAUUAGUAGUAGUUUGGAGGAUCUCUUGGGUGAUAGGGAACCCAGUUUCUUUAAUGUGGUGAUGAAUCCGAGGAGGACGUCGAGGGUUAUCAAUAGUGAUUAG